AUGAAUUUAUUUUCGCAAUCUAAGUUAACAUUAAAAUUAAAAAAACCAAACAGUACAUUAACCACUGCUUCAGCAAAGUAAGAAAUUAAUAAAGUUUUUAAUACAAAAAAAACAUAUAUAUAUAUUAAUUAAUUUAAAUUUUUUUAGUGAAUGCCAAAAACAAGAUAUUAGUGACCCUUCAAAAUUAGAAAACUCAUUAAAUAAUAGUUUAUUAUCAGUAAAUGAUAGUUUUGUAGAAGUUUUGCCUAUACCUCAACCACAAAAUGAACAAAUUUCUAUGUCAAAAAAUGUUUUUUUGUCAUCUUCAAAUCAAAAUGAAUGUAGUAUUAAAAAUGAAAAUAAACCAUGUCCAGUUUGUUUAGUAAUGAUAAGUUCCAAAUAUUUCAUUAAUCAUGUUAAAUCUUGUGGAACAUCACACAAUGUAUCACCUGAAGUUCUUAUGAAAGCUGUAGAUCUUCAAGAACGUCAGACAGCUGAGAGAGAAGCACUAGGAUUACCCAAAGUCUUAUUGAAAAAAAAAAAAAAAAAAAAAACUGUUAAACAAUUAAAAGUAUAAUAUUUAUUUAUAUUUCUUAAAAUUAUUUUUAAAGGAAUUAUUCUUACAUUUUAGAUUGGAACUGAUACAAAUUUAGAUUUAGCUAUUGCUAUGUCUGCAUCCUUGCACGAAUCCAAAGAAGCUGAGAUUAUAAGAGAAUCUGAAACUCUUUUAGAAGCGGGAUUAGAAAAAGAAGCUAUAGAAAAAAGGAAAACAUUGGAAUGUUUUGGUUUUGUGUCUAAUCAGUCGGUUAAAUCUAAAUCUAAAGGUUGUAUGUUUCACAAUUGUGUAUAUUUUUUUAAAAAAUAAAUAAUUUUUGUAAAAUUCAGUGUCAUCCAAUUUGUGGGUUGAACGAUUUUUUAAAAAUAGUAUAAUAUAAUUAUAAAUAUUGUCUGCCUAGCAUAUUGAACAUUUUUUUUUAAGAUAAAAAUACAAAGGUUAUGAAAAUCGGAGUGAAUAUUUUUCUAUAAAUUAUAGCUCUCAAUUCAAAAAUCUGUCUCAUUAGUUAAUAAUAUUUUUAAAAAUAACAAUUAAUUUUGUGUAGUCCCAAGGGUUAGGUUUUAGCUAUUUGCUCUUUCAUUCACAUUUACUCCCAGGUAUUUAAAGUUUUGAACUUUCAAAAAUCAUGUCUCCUACUACAUUUGAAUUUCGGUGAAUUUGCUGCUUCUAUGAUACUACAAUUAAGUAUUUAGUUUUGUCUUUAUUAAUAUUUAAUCUUAUAUUUUUCAUCUGUUUAUUUUUGUAUUUCUUACUUGAUCUUCUCUUUUGUCCAUUAUUAUUAUAUCACCUAUGUAGGUUGCCAAUACAAUAUUUUUUCUUUUAAUUGCUAAACCUAUGUUGUAGUCUUUUUAUAUUUCCCUUACUACUAGUUCAAGAACAAUUAAAAAUAGUAUGGGGAAUAAUGCAUCCAGUUUCUACUGUCUAAAGUCUUACUGAAGUCAAUACUUAGUUAAAUUUUGUUCUACAUUUUGAAUUUUGUAUACACAUUCACUAAUUUGCACAUAUUUUACCAGUAUCUCGAGUUCAUUCAUUACCUACUAAAAGCUAAUUUUCUUAAUAGUUGUAAGCUAGUUUGAAAUCCACAAAUAGUAAAUAUUCAUCAUUAUCAAACCAAUAAUAAAAUAUAAAACAUUGGUUUAUUUAAAUAUAAUAACAAUCGAAGCUUAGUAGGCAAAUAAAAAUACCCAUUUUGUUUCAGCAAUAAUUAAUAUUUUUAUUUAUUUUAAAAUCAAUGUUCAUAGUUUUGAAAGCCAAUUCUAUAUUAUUCAAGCAAACUAAAGAGGACCGAGAAAAAAGAAUUACUGAAAAAAUAGCCAUGAUUCUUGUUGACUCUUUUAAUGAUGUUGAUAUGUCAUUGAGAACGCUUACAAAUUGUCCUAUACAAAAUGUAGAAUCAAAAUAUUUAAAUGAAAUAAGAAAUUUUGUAAGUGUUAAUUUUAUUACUAGUUAUUAAUAAAAACAAUUUGAUAUUAUAUUAUAGAUAUUUUUCUAAUUUAAACAUUAGGAGUUAUUGGGUCUAAAUUAGAAAUAAAAAUGAGCUUUAUAUCUUAAAUGAAAAAAUUAUAUUAAUUUUUAUAAAAUCUUGUUUUUAAAUUAUUCUUUUGAAAACAUAUUUAUAGAAUCAAUUAAAUGGAAUAAUUUCAUUAGUUUUUAAAUUCUUAUUGCUGUAAAUAAUCUAUAAUUUUAUAAAAAUGUAUGCACUUAAAAAUUUGAUCCUUCAAGAAUCAAAUGAAAGCUUUUAAUUCAAUAUAUUGAAGACAUGGGAGCGAAAACGAAGUCUGCCUAUUUGUUCUGUUCUAUUUUUGAUUAUUAAAUCUUUUUUCUUUCACCUUCAUCCCAAGUAUUUGGGGUUGGCUAGUCCUAAACUUCUACUUGGCCCACAUUGUCACUUUUUAUUCUCAUUUCAAUUGCAUCCAACCAAUCCUUUUUCGAUCUUCCCCUCUUUCCUUCUACAUCUAUUGUGAUUACAGUUCUUACUGCUUUUGAUUCCUCUGUCAUGACAUGCCUGAAUUAUCUCUGUCUAUUUUCUCUGAUUUUAUCUAUUAUUUAACCCACACCUAAACUACCUCAAAUGUACCCAUUCCUUAUUCUAAUUUCUCAAAUUAAAUGAUAUUCUAAUCUUUGUAAAAACUAAAAACUUAUCUAAUUCCUAUCCCUAUUUAUUUUUCAUACGAUAAGAAGAUAUGUCCAUGUCUUGUUAGUUUUCUAAAUACUGGUUACACUGUAAACUCGUGGGAUUAUUACACUACAUUAGUGAUAACGAUGGUCCAGGGAGAUUAUACAUACAGUAGAGGCUUAAAAUGUUUUUGUAGUGGUACAAUUGAUAACUUUCAGUUACUGAUUUUUAAUAUAUUCUGAAUAUUUUCGUUGUACAUUAAAUGAUUAAUUACUAAUUAUUUUGACAAAAAUUUGACAUAAUUUAAUCCUUAAUAUUUUAAACAUUUAAAUUAUUUGAUUGAGUAUAAUAACGGUUUUGUUGUUAACAAUAGAAAAUGGUUUAUAAAAUAUUAUUUUUCAAUAUUUAUCAAAAUUAGUAUAAGUAGGAAAAACUGAGUUAUUCUAUUUAAAGUUUUAGAUCCUGGAAAAAUAUAAUUUUUCAUCUUGUGAUUUAGAUAUUAAUCUCAGUGCAAUUUUGGUUUUUACCAUUUAUCAAUCAAUUUAAUUACCUAAUUAAUCAGAAAAUAGAAAUAUCUGAAAUUAUUAGUCUCUAUACGACAACCCUAUGCACUCUCCAUUGUACUGAAUCUGUGAUAUACCCCAUAUUUCUUUUUAAUACUUUUUUUUUUUCUAAAUGUAAUUCUCUGCUCUGCUCUAAUAAGUUACUAAAAUAUCCUUUUAACUGCCUAAUUGAUUCUUGUCUCACAAUUAACUCUCAGCAUUUUAUCAACUAGUCCCUUCUUUAAAUCAGACUGAUUUUUUUGAUUUAAUGAACUAUAAUUUGUUUUUCUUUUGUUAUUUUACCAAAUUAUAAUCAUUGAUAUAUACACAAUUUUUAAAAAAAGGGUAUUCAAUCAAAAGUUCUAUGAAGAAUUUUUUGAUACACUUUUUCCCAUACUCAUAGAGCGCCAAGAAAAGUAUCCAAAAGAAUUGACUUUAUUUAAAAAUUACUUUAUUAAACUUAGUUGUGCAUUUGUCAUAAGUUUAUUUAUUAUAAAUGAUUCAGCCUUUACAUAAAAUGAGAGUAUUUAGAAAUGCUUGAUUUGAUAGCACAGUUUUUAUUUUGGAUAUUAUUAAUAGAAUUUAGGUACCCUGAAAUUAAAAAUAAACACUAUUAUAUUUUUUGUAGAAUUUUAACUGUUCUUUUUUUGUCUCCCGAACAUUUAAAAAAAUAAUGUAUAUUUUUAUUUUACCCUACGUAUUCAAUUUCCAACAGAUAUUAUUUGCAUGUAAUGAAUUAAAUAUUUUGUGCUUUUAUCUUCAUUUAAUUUGAAUUUGUGCAGAUUUUACACAUUUUGUUUUAUAUUUUGCAGCAAUUGUAUAUAUUUAUACAGUGUUAAAUUAGUUAAUUAAUUUUUAUUUCUUAAGAAUCAGUUUCUUAUAUUAGUAUUUAUAGUUUCAUGUUUUUAGAUCAUAUUUAUUUGUAUAUUAAGAUGAUUGUAUGCAUUUAAAAAAAAUUAUAGGAUAAUAAGCUCUGGAAAAAAUCAUCACUUGAAGAAGAAAAUAAUGAAUCUAAAUUUUAUGUUGAAAAAUUAUCUAAGUUCAUAAUACCAUGCGAAAGUAGCAAUUUUACUGAUUCUACAAAUAUUUUAGAACUAUCUAAAAAAAAAAAUAUUUCAAGACAAGUAAUUAUUCAUUUUAAAUAUUUUAUUAAUUGUGUGUUGUAUUAUUUAAAGUUAACCUUAUUUAAAAAUAAUAAAUUAUAGGCACCCUUAUAUUUAAUAUUAUAUAUAUCGUACACAAAAUUUUAUUUGAGCACCCAUUAUAUUUGAAUUUAUCUGAUAUAGUGCUGAAAAUUGUAAAGGUUUAACCUAGAUUAACUUAUAUUAAUAUAUAUCUACUAUAUAAUGAUGUUUAUUAAAAUAUUUUUAGUUUUAUGUAAAUGAUAAUAAUAUUCUUAACAUGUUUUACCUAAAGUGUUUGAUCCAACUGCCUUUCUAUAAUGCUUUGUUGAUUUACUAUAGCAACCAAUUAUAAAUUCGUUAUAAUCCAUCAUAUAUGAUGGGCAAAUAAUUAUUUUGAAAUAUAAUUAUACUUAUAUUGUAUUUCUUUUUUGUACAUUAAUUAUAUGAUAAAUAAGUAUUAGUUUUGUGGAAUAAUCUGUCAAUUCAAAUAAUACAUUUAACAUAAAAUAAUUGUAAAUUAAUAAAAUGUAGAAUUUGUAUUUAAUUACCCUUUAGUCACUGCUACAUAAGAUUAACAAUUUUGUAGGUUAAGUUUAAUAGGACACCAUAUAGAGAAAUAAUCCAUGAGGCAUUAGAUAACAAUAAAACAUGUAUUUUAAUAUAUUUAGACUUGACAAAACACUGAUACAAGUUGAUCACCGUAAAGGAAUAUUGGAGACAAAAUGUUGCCCUUAAAUUUGAUUAAGUCUUUCUAUCACUUGGGACACAGUUUAAGAUGCCGAGCGUAACGAGGGAGCUAUUGAUUUUAUACUAAGAUGUUUAUUUUCUUGUAAAUUUACUCCGAUUUUUACGUGCAGCAACUUUUUUGAAAGCUCAAAUUGUCUAGAUUAUACUUUAAAAAGGUCAUUUUUUGAUUUUCGUCAUUAUUUUUUAAAAUAAAAGUACUUAAGUGGGAAAAAAUGUAGGAAAACGCAGAAUUAUUGAAUUUUACAUGACAAAUUUUAUUGGUAUAUGGUUUCAUCCAAUCUAACACACCAUACUCAUUGCUAUUCUUAUUAUUUAAUUGGUGUGAUAAUUUUUGCUACAUUUAUAUAAAGUCUACAUAAUUAAUGCCUUACUUAAUUUACAUAUAUGAUAAUUAGAACAAAAGUAAUAGAUGCUGAAGGGAAUAUGUAUCAAUGUAUACAUCCUUUGUGGAAUUUCCCAAGGUACUGCAUUAUUGCCUCUACUUUUACGCAUGUGAAUAAACAAUAUUAACUCUCUUACCCUUAAUCAGGAACUAGUUAGUUUUUCAACGAUAAUAUUGUACUAGGAACUUGAGAAGAAGUUUUUUAGAAGAAAAUGCAAUCCAAUAUUAAAUCUAUUUACCUUUAGCUAUCUAUUGUAAACCAAUUUAUUCAACCCAGUUUUUCUUUCUGGUAAAUACAAUAAUUAUUAUGUUUAUACCAAUAUAUAUAAAUUAUACAAAUUAUUAUUUUGUAAAUUGUAUUAUAAAAUUAAGAAUAUUAUUAUAAUUGUUAUUUACAUACAUUUUAAGUUUCCUCAUUAAAUUAUGAUUAUCUUCUUCAUAAUUAUUUUAGAUUCUGAGCGAAGUAAGGAAUGUAUUGGAUUUACUAUGAUAGUUUUUUGUGAAUAAAAUGGUCUAAACAAAAAUGCUAGACAAUUUAACAGAAAAUUCAUUAUAAAAGUCUUAAUUUGUGAUAAAAAAAAAAAAAAAUUGAGUUUACUGUAGUAUUUUUUUAAAUAAUUCCGGCCUAAUUUGAAAAUUAUAAAUAUUACAAAACAACACUAUUAACCAAACUUCUCUCAGAAUCGCUUCUCGUUAGCAAUGGUUAAUUGUUGUGUACAGAUUAAAUUUCCCUUCUACCUUACCAACUUCUCACCUAUAACAGUAGCCCACCCAUUGUGGGAAGUAUGUCUAUCUUUUUUAUCACAUACCUAUCGUUAAAUCUUACUGCAUGUUUUUGAUUUAUAAGUUUUGUACUUGUUGAACUGUUGAUUUUGCAAAGUUUAUAAUCUAUUUGAUAAUACUAAUGACUAAUUUAAUAUUUUUACAGGAACCAAAUACAUCACAUGCAAUUGUAAAUAAUAAAAAUUUUGUUAAUGAUUUUAUUACAUCUCCGAACAUAAUUAAACAUAAAACAAUGUCUGAAUAUUUAUCUAAAUGGAAGUCAAUGGUUGGUAAUCAGUUUAUGAGUGAUAUAGUCUUCAUUACUAAGGAUGAACAUGAAAUUCAUGCUCAUAUUUUAGUUCUCUAUGUACAAUGCCCUGAUAUUUUAAAUGACAUUGUCGUUGAAGAAUCAGAUUCAUCUAAAUCAAAGAAAAUAGUAAUGUGGUUGGAUUAUUCAUAUAAAUCAUGUUCAGCAUUCUUGGAAUAUAUUUAUUCUGGCGAAGAAUCAUUUGUUAGUCUAGAGUGUCGAGAAGAUUAUUUUCAUUUGGGAAGAAGGUAUAAUGUACCUAUGGCUUCAGAUAAUGACAAUUAUGAAUUAUGUUCUAAAGUGAAAAAUAAUGUAUCAAAACGUCUAAGUACAGAAUUAAAUAAUAGUCCAACUCUUGUCAAAAGAUUUAAAGCUUCCAGUCCAGAUAUGUUUAUGUCAAAUGUUUCAAGUUAUGAUUUUUUAGAAACAACUGUGAAUGAUGAAUCAUUAAGUUCAAUAGAAAAAACUAAAGAGUGGUUAAACGGUUUUAAUGGAAGUCAACAAUAUCCCAGUUCAUUAUUCACAGAAAAUCCAACUACAAAUGUUUCACUAAAUACUGUUUUUUUGGAUACGAGUUCAAAUCAUUCUUUCCAUAGUGCUUCAACUGUGAGUAUAACAACUUACAUUCAGAAUACAUCAGAUCAUAUUGAUAAUAAUAUAGAAUUUGAAGCGCAUAUUAAUUCAUCACCCAAUAUUAUUAAACCUCUACCGAAAUUAUCAACAGAUGAAUCGAGUAUAAAAGCUAAAGAAAGUAGAAGUGUUCCUUGUCCAGUAAUUACUAGGGCAGGAAUGCCACAAUUAGCUAAUUCAUGUAAAACACCAGAAUUAAUUAUAAUUACUAGUGAUAGUGAAAGUGAAUCAAUAAGCAUGAGUUUAUCUAAUAACAUCAAUGAACAUCAUGAUAAUUUCUUAUCUUAUAAAACAUUUGAAAAACAGAAUUUACCUACAAAUUCAAAGAAUAUAAAUACUAUUGAACUAAAUGAUAAUAGUAGUGACUCAAUUUUUUCAGCCAUUACAAAUAUAUUAAAUGACUGCAAUUACGAUAGAAAAUUGCAUCAUUCUUUGUUUGAAAACUCUUUUACAUCAGCUCCAAGACAUAGAUCAUUAAUAAAUAUUGAUGAUGAAGGUAGUGUAUUUUCUGCUGUUACAAAUGUGAUAUCUUCAAGUAAUAAUAUUAAAAUUAUAGAUUUAGUUGAAGACAGUAAUACAAGUUCUAUUUCUGCAACGCAUACAUCUAAUUUAUUACCAAAUGAUAAUUUAAUGACUGCAUUUUCAAAAACACUUUCAAAUAAUUCUCAACAGAGUAGUCAAAAUUGGACAACGUCAUUUUCAAAUUUCUUAAAAACAAAAAUUCAAAAUCAAAUACCUGAAUUAUCUUCAUCUGAUUUUGGAAAUAGAGGAACUAAUAUAAAGACACAUAACAGUUCUGAAUUGGAUUCAAAUAAUUUUGCAAGCAAUAAUAUUUUAACUCAAUGUGAAAAUAAUAAUUUAAAAUCAUUUUCUUUAUCGCCAAAACAUAACAAUAAAUUGUCAUCAUUUUUAAAUACUACAAGCAGUAUCAUUAAUCAUGAUUUAUCUACAAACAAUAGUCUAUAUAGUAGUGAAAUAUUUUCAAUUGAAAAAAAUGAUUUGAAAAAAUCUAAUAUAGAUUCAAAAAAAUUGAAAAAUAACAUAACAAGUAUAAGUUUAACAUUACCAUGUAAUAAUUCUGAUAAUUCACUUGUAAACACAAAUAACUUAAUUGAUUUAACUAAUUCAUCAUUUGAAUAUAUUGAUAAUCGUACCACAGUUAAUACCGCUAGGACUGAAGUAAUACAUAGUCAACUACCCAAAAAUAUUAAUACAAAUGGGUGUAUUCAAGAUAAAAUAGAUGAUGAUCAAAUAAUAUGGUUGGAUGAUGAUUGGGCAUUAAAUGAUAAUAAUAUUUCAAUAGAAAAUAACUCUGUAUUGGAUAAAACUAAAGUACAAACACUAAAUUAUAAUAAUACAUAUGACAAUGCCAUUAAUUUGGAUAUAGAAAUGCCAAUUAUUCCAAUUGAUUAUGAGCAUAAUCCAAUAAAUUUUAAAAAAAAAAAUGCAACAACACCAAAUAAAUAUGGUUGUAGAAUUAACACACCAAGAAGUUUACGUAGAGUUCAAUCCGAAUCUAUUAUUGGAUCUAAAGAACAAGUGACUCCUUUGCCUGAUUACAGUAUUAUGAAAACACCAGAUUUAAGAGUAAAUAUAAAUAGCACAAUAUAUUAAUUUAUUUCAAUUAGAUAGUAGAGUCGCAAUAACUUGAAAAACUUGACAACUCUAUUUUUUUUUCCUUAAAAAUUCUCAUAACCCAAUGUUUUAUAAGUUUUGUUAACUCGAGUAUAAAAUUGUGAUAAAUGGUUUUAUUGAAGUAUAUUAUAUAUUAUACAAAUAUAUUUUGUACAUUUUCCCAUUUUUUAUCAAUUAUAUUGCAUUUAAAAUAUUAAAAAUAUUUCCAAUAUCACUAAACAUAAAACAUAUUAAUGUUUUAAGUUUAAUUCUUAUAGUGAGUUCUUAGCUUUAAGUGUGUAUUUGCGACCAAUUUAGAAUUUUAAAAAUAUCAUAAAAUAAUUGGUUAUAAUACAACAAAGGCUGAUCCUAAAUACACAAAAACUAUUAUAAUAUUGCAGGGUAAGUGUUUUUUUCAAAUAUAUUUAUUUUAUACUAGUUGUUAAAGACCGUCCUUUUGAAAUUUCAUAAUGCCUUCUCUGUGUGUGUGAGGUAAAUAGUUUAUUUAUAGCUUGUCAGUCAGAGAUAAUAACAGAUAUUUUAAACCAUUAUUUUUAAUCAACUUAAAAAUAGGACACUUCUUAAUAGUGGAUCUCCUUCCCAAUAUUGGACACUUAUAAAUUCCCCAGUAAAAAUUAUCCUCUUACAGGUUGUUAGAUUCAUCACACUAAGUUUUGGAGGUCUAUUUAAAUUUUUUUUUUAUAUAAACUUUAAUACUAUUUAGGGGGUUGGACUUUGAAAAAUCCUAUUCUAGUUGGUUGCUAAUAUUAUGCAAGAAAAAAUUUUAAGUUAUCCCUAUGUAUACUACCUAUGUAUACUACCUUAUCAAUAUUUAUUUUAUUGUUAUAUUUUCGAGUAUUAACCUCAUAAACCUAUUUUUGUUUUUUGUAAUAAUUAGAAAUGUUAAAUUUGUAAAACUUUACUCGACACUUAAUUUUAAAUUGACAUAAUAAUGUUAUAACACUGCUAUUUUUCAUACUUUUUAAAUUGAUAAGAUUUUUCUAAAAUCUUAACACCUUAAAUAUGGUCUAUACUAUAGUACAAAACAUACUAAAUUAGAAACUAUUAGUACUAUAUAUUUUAAUGUUUUAUAAAUUUAAAAAAUUCACUUAAACUGCAAUUGUUAAUAGUUUAAUUUGUGUUCAAAUAUUUUUGAAAGAGAAUCUUUAUAAUAGUCCAUGCCACAGUUAUUUAUACCUUGUAUAUAACCAUCCACGCAUAUUCAGUGAACUAUUUUUAAAAUAAUGUUUUAUACUUCACAAAUUAAAAAUUACUAUGUAUCUUAAUUUGUGCUAUACUUUAAAUAUUUAAAUUUAACAUUGUGAUUUUAGAAAGAAUUUGAUCGUUAUGGUCUUAAAAAUCUUGGAAGACGUAAAGGCAAAUUAAUAUUGGAGCAUAUAUAUGAUAUACUUCAUCCAUCAAACUCAUCUCAGGGAGAUAAUUCUAAUACUAAUACAGAGCCUGAACAGUAUUCCGAUUUAUCAGACGAGUAAUUAUUUUUAAUUUCAACAAUAAUAAUUUAUGUUAUACAUAAUAUUGAUUUUUUCAACCAAAUAAUAUUUUUUAUUGCAAUUAAGGUCACAACAUGGAAUACCUGAUUAUGAAGAUGGAAGUUGUGAUGAAUUAGAAACCUUUAGUCAAACAGGUUUAUCAAAUAAAAGUAAGCUUUAUUAUUAGUUCUAAAUAAUUAUAAUUUUAAAAUUCCAUUUCAUAAAACUUUUUUUUAAUUUAUAUUAUAUUGUACAGUAGUAAUUGUUUAGAACAAACUUUGGUUGGAACAAAAAAAAUAUAAAGACCUCACAUAAAUACCAGAUUUUUGUUGUGAAUAGUUAGAUUAUUUUUUUUUAUGUAUGUUUGGUAUACAAUUUUUAAUAAAAGAAAAUUAAGUUUGUAAUUCAAUUAAGUAAAACAUCAAAUAUAAUUAAUUAUUCACCAAAACAACAGUUAGUUUUUUUGUCAAUAUUUCAAGUUAAAUUUUUAUAGUAUUAAAGUAUAUUAUUGUCAUCAUACCAAAAAUACUAUUGCGCAAAUGGGACAUAAAUAGUAAAGGAACCACUUAACACGUCAUUCUUGAUCCAAAUUAAAAUUUAGGUUGAAAAAAAAAUUGAAAUUCAGUAUUUACUAUAUUUAAACAAGUUAAUUAUAAAUAUAUGUUUCUAAUUUUAGCCACCGUAGAGAUGGGUUUUAAACAGAUGCUACAAUUCAAUCGAGAUCUUCAUGAGCAAAUACUAUGUUAUAAACCUAUUUGGAUUGAAGAGUUAAAAGAAGAUUUAAAACAAUAUAAUGUUAGCAUAAGUAUGCAAAAACUUAUGAACUUUUUGGAUGAUAAGGUAAUGUAUAAAAUCUUUUAUCUAAUUUAUAUAAUAUACUAUAAACUAAUAGCUAUGUACAUUAGCACUGCACAAAAGAAUCACAGCCACUAUAUUUAAUAUAUUCGCUAUUAUAAUUGAAUAAUAUUUGGUAUCUCGUGGAUAUUAUUGAAUCUAUUUAGGAGGACGUUAUACCCGCAUGUGCUUUAUCAGUUCAACUAACGGGCAAUAUAGCAAAAUCUACUUUACACAGGCUGAAUAGAAUUAGCUUAAUUUGGUUUUAGAGCAAAAGCACCUAUUAUAAAAUUCAGAGUACAAUAAAAACAAUGAAUUAGUUUUUAUUUCUAUAUUAUGUAUUGAACACUUUAUUAGGAAUAAUAAUUAGAAUAAUGAAAAUAAAUAUAUCAUCUUGCCCUCCGGAAUAUUGCCCUCUUUUAAUUUUAUAAUAGGUGAUUUUACUCUGAAAGCAAAAUGAAAUGAGUUUUACAUAGUCUGCGGAAGGUAGAUUUUACUAUAUUACCCAUGUUAGUUGGACUGAGACAUCUUAUGUGGAUAUGAUUUUCUCUUAACAGGGAAGAAGUACGUUUUUUUAUGGUUUUAUGUAUGAAUAUAUGAUCAGUUCUGUGAUAGUGUAAGUGAUUUAUAGUAAUUAAAACAGUUUUAAUUUACAAAAAAUCUAUUUCGUUUACGAUUAUAUAAAUUUAAUUAAUAUUGUGUAUAUUUAUUACAAUGUAUUAUUAAAUAUGUCUCAAAUAAACAUUUUUACUCAAUAUAAAUAAACAGAUUUUAAUGUAUAUUUUCAGUGUGUAACAUUUCGUUCAAGAUCAUUAAAUAAUCAAAGGCAAAAAACACUAUUAAAAGGAACUAGAAGAAAAAAACUAUUUUAA